ACUAGUAUAAACAACCCCCCUUUGGCGGGAUGGGAGCCAUAGGGCUUCUGUGGCUGCUGCUGCUGCUUUCACCGGCAGCCUCAGGCUCCGGGAGCGGGACCGAGACCGGCCAGCGCGUGGGCUCACCAGCCAUGGGGUCGGCGCUGCAGCCCCGGGAGCCGCUCAGCUACUCGCGCCUGCAGAGGAAGAGCCUGGCGGUGGACUUUGUGGUACCCUCUCUCUUUCGCGUCUAUGCUCGGGACCUGCUGCUGCCGCCGCCGUCCCCUUCGGAGACGAUGGCCGGCCGGCUGGAGGCGCGCGGCUCGCUGGCUCUUGACUGCGCCCCACUGCUUAGGCUGGUGGGGCCACCACCCGGCGCCAGCUCUCCCGCCCCGGCCCGGGCACGGACGCUGUCCAGGGUGCUGAAGGGAGGCUCGGUUCGCAAGCUCCGGCGCGCCAAGCAGCUGGUGCUGGAGCUGGGAGAGGAGGCGAUCCUUGAGGGCUGUGUAGGGCCCCCAGAGGAGGCGACUGCGGGGCUGCUCCAGUUCAACCUCACUGAGCUGUUCAGCUGGUGGAUUCGCUACGGCGAAGGACGGCUGAGGAUCCGCCUGAUGCCCGAGAAGAAGGCGUCGGAAGUGGGCAGAGAGGGAAGGCUGUCCGCUGCGAUCCGCGCCUCCCAGCCCCGCCUUCUCUUCCAGAUCUUCGCGACCGGGACCGGGCAUAGCUCCUUGGAGUUACCAACAAACCUGCCUUCUCUUCCUCCUGAUUCUUUUGCCUGGAAUCUGACCUGGAUAAUGAAAGAUUCCUUCCCAUUCCUGUCUCAUCGCAGCCGAUAUGGUCUGGAGUGCAGCUUUGACUUCCCCUGUGAGCUGGAGUAUUCCCCUCCACUACACAACCUUGGGAACCAGAGCUGGUCCUGGCGCCGUGUCCCUUCCGAGGAGGCUUCCCAGAUGGACCUGUUGGAUGGACCCGAAGAGGAGCACUCCAAGGAGAUGCCCAGAGGCGCCUUCCUCCUGCUCAACACCUCGGUGAACUCCAAGCACACCAUCUUGAGUCCAUGGAUGGAGAGCAGCAGCGAGCACUGCAGGCUGGCCGUCUCGGUGCACAGGCGCCCGCAGCCCUCCGGGAGGUACGUCGCCCAGCUGCUGCCCCACAGUGAGGCUGGAAGAGAGAUCCCCCUGGUACCCACUCCAGGAAAGCAUGGUUGGACUGUGCUGCAGGGAAGAAUUGGGCGCCCAGAGAACCCGUUCCGAGUGGCCCUGGAAUACAUCUCGAGUGGAAACCGAAGCUUGUCUGCAGUGGACUUCUUUGCCCUGAAGAACUGCAGCGAAGGAACAUCCCCGGGCUCCAAGAUGGCCUUGCAGAGUUCCUUCACUUGCUGGAACGGGACAGUCCUCCAGCUCGGGCAGGCCUGCGACUUCCACCGGGACUGUGCCCAGGGAGAAGACGAGGGCCAGCUGUGCGGUAAACUCCCUGCUGGUUUUUACUGCAACUUCGAGGAUGGAUUCUGUGGCUGGACCCAAAGCUCACUGUCACCCCACACGCCCCAGUGGCAAGUCAGGACCUUAAAGGAUGCCCGGUUCCAGGACCACCAAGGCCACGCCCUGUUGCUCAGCACCACUGAUGCCCCCACCUCUGAAAGUGCUACGGUGACCAGCGCUACGUUUCCUGCACCGAUGAAGAACUCUCCGUGCGAGCUCCGAAUGUCCUGGCUCAUCCGUGGAGUCUUGCAGGGAAAUGUCUCCUUGGUGCUGGUGGAGAACAAAACCGGGAAGGAGCAAAGCAGGAUGAUCUGGCAUGUUGCCACCAUGGAAGGCUUGAGCCUGUGGCAGUGGACGGCGCUGCCUCUCCUUGAUGUGGCCGACAGGUUCUGGCUGCAGAUUGUUGCGUGGUGGGGACAAGGAUCCAGAGCCACCGUGGCUUUCAACAAUAUCUCCAUCAGCCUGGACUGCUACCUCACCAUUCGUGGGGAGGACAAGAUGCCGCAGAAUACAGCACCCAAGUCAAGAAAUCUGUUUGAGGGAAACCCAAACAAGGAGCCAAAACCCUGGGAAAACACACCAAAAGAGAACCCCAUCUUUGACCCUACAGUUCACUGGCUGUUCACCACAUGCGGGGCCAGUGGGCCCCACGGCCCGACGCAGGCCCAGUGCAACAAUGCCUACCGGAACUCCAACCUGAGUGUGGUGGUGGGGAGCGAGGGCCCCCUGAAGGGCAUCCAGACCUGGAAGGUGCCAGCCACCGACACCUACAGCAUAUCAGGCUACGGAGCCGCUGGCGGGAAAGGCGGUAAGAACACCAUGAUGCGAUCCCACGGCGUGUCUGUGCUGGGCAUCUUCAACCUGGAGAAGGACGACGUGCUGUACAUCCUGGUCGGGCAGCAGGGGGAAGAUGCCUGCCCCAGUCCCAGCGACAUUGCUGCCAGGAACUGCCUCUUGACCUGUCCAGGCCCUGGAAGAGUGGCCAAGAUUGGAGACUUCGGAAUGGCUCGAGACAUCUACCGAGCGAGCUACUACCGAAAGGGAGGCUGUGCGAUGCUGCCGGUCAAAUGGAUGCCCCCGGAGGCCUUCAUGGAAGGAAUAUUUACUUCUAAAACAGACACGUGGUCCUUCGGAGUGCUUCUGUGGGAAAUCUUCUCUCUUGGAUACAUGCCGUACCCUAGCAAAAGCAACCAGGAGGUUCUGGAGUUUGUCACCAGUGGAGGACGGAUGGACCCACCUAAGAACUGCCCCGGGCCUGUAUACCGGAUAAUGACCCAGUGCUGGCAACAUCAGCCUGAAGACAGGCCCAACUUUGCCACAAUUUUGGAGAGGAUUGAAUACUGCACCCAGGACCCAGAUGUGAUCAACACUGCUUUGCCCAUAGAAUACGGGCCCCUCGUGGAAGAGGAAGAGAAGGUGCCCAUGAGGCCCAAGGACCCUGAGGGAAUCCCUCCUCUGCUGGUCUCCGCUCCCCCGGCCACGCGGGAUGAGGGCCGCGAGCCGGCCGCCCGCACGGCUCUGCCUUCCGCCUCCUCGGGCAAAGCCGGCAAGAAGCCCGUGGCCGCAGAGGCCUCUGCCCGAGGCGCCAGGGCGCCGGCCGUGAAGGGGGGACACGUUAACAUGGCAUUCUCUCAGUCCAACCCGCCCUCGGAGCUGCACCAAGUCCAGGGGUCCAGAAACAAGCCCACCAGCCUAUGGAACCCAACUUACGGCUCCUGGUUCACAGAGAAACCCACCAAAAAGAGCAAUCCUCCGGCGAAGAAGGAGCAGCGCGAUAGGGGGAACCUGGGCGGCGAGGGCGGCUGUGCCAUGCCGCUCCCCGCGGCCGCCGGCCGCCGGCCGGGCACCUCUCUGCUCCUCGAGCCGUCCUCGCUGACCGCCAGCCUGAGGGACGUGCCUCUGUUCAGGCUGCGCCACUUCCCGUGCGGCACCGUCCACUACGGCUACCAGCAGCAGGGCUUCCCGCCCGAGGCCGCCGCCCCGGGCCGGGGCCGCUACGAGGACCCCGCGGCCAAGAGCCAGCCUGCGCCCUGA